AUGGAAUCCUUCCUCGUCCACGACGACCGCUUCAAGGCUAUCCUCGGCCCCAAUCCCACCCUCGAACUCCUCCUUGAAAACAAAGAAUACGCCUUCGCCCACGAAGCCGGGGUCUACAUCCCCCCGGACAACACCCUCUUCAUAACCAGCAACCACAUCCACACAACAACCGGUGACCGCACCGUUCAAAUCUCCAAAAUCCUCCUCACAAAAGACCACCAUGGCGUCGUCCGCGCGUCCCACGAAGAACUCCCCUCCCUCGCAAUCCCCAUGGGCAACGGCGGCGUCAACUACAAAGAUGGAAUCCUAUUCUGCGCGCAGGGGUCACUGAAAGUCCCCUCAGGGCUAUACUACAUGUCCUCGAAACACCCGCACGACGUCGAGCCCGUGAUCACAAAUUUCUACGGACGCGAAUUCAAUUCCGUGAACGAUGUUGUCGUUCAUACGGAUGGGACGAUUUGGUUCACGGAUCCGAUUUACGGGCAUGAACAUGGGUAUCGGCCUGUGCCUUCGCUGCCGGGGCAGGUUUAUCGGUUUGAUCCUGUGAGCGGGGCGGUUAGGUGUUUGGCGGAUGGGUUUAUUAAGCCGAAUGGGAUUUGCUUCUCGCCGGAUGAGAGGACGGUUUAUGUUACGGAUACGGCACGGUUUAGGGCCAUUGGGGUUGUGGAUGAGACGUUGCCUUCUAGCAUUUACGCAUUCGACGUGGUAUACUACCACGGCGAGCCGUUCCUAACCAACCGCCGUCUUUUCGCUAUGGCUCCCGUCGGUAUUCCAGACGGUAUUAAAUGCGAUAUUGAAGGAAAUGUGUACAGUGGCUGUGGUGAUGGAGUGACCGUCUGGUCGCCGGGUGGUGUUCUCCUCGGCCGGAUCCUGGUGGAAGGAGGAGUGGCGAAUUUCUGCUUUGGAAGGGAAGGAGAGAUGUUUAUUCUCAACGAGCAUCGGUUGUGGAGAGCGCAAUUGAAGUCCCAGGGUGCUUUGCUGGGUAUUUAG